AAAAUUUUUCUUCUUUCUUUAUCAUGAGGUCCCCAAAUUACAGAGCCCAGCGAGUUGAGUUUGGGAUCUUUGAUUAGACAAGCUUGUUAUGCUGUCCAAAUCAGAUCUCCCCACGUCAUCAUCUGGACCCCACUACGGCCACCCCCUCUUCUGAUCUCAACCCUUCAUUCUUCUCCGGCCACAAGCACGCACCCCCGAUCUCUCUCUCUCUAUCUUCUCUCUUUCGCUCUCGCGCUCGGUAUUGGCAUCGGGAGCCAAGAAGAACAGCUACUUGUAAUUGCUAUUUGGUUGGGUGGUGUAAGGUCAUUAUGUCAGGUGUGGAGGAUAUCAAAGAGCAAGAACGGGUGGAUGGACAUGUCCCUAAGGAGUCUGAGAAAUCCGAAGUCUCGCGUCAAGAGGAGGAGGUAAUAAAGAAGAAGUAUGGGGGAAUAAUUCCCAAGAAACCGCCUCUCAUUUCUAAGGACCAUGAACGUGCUUUCUUUGAUUCUGCUGAUUGGGCUCUAGGAAAGCAAGGUGUUGAGAAGCCCAAGGGACCACUUGAAGCCCUUCGGCCCAAAUUGCAGCCCACACAACAGCAAACAAGAUACCGGAAGUCUCCUUAUGCUCCGUCAGAUGGUGAAGAUGGAGGAAGCGCUCUAUCCGAGGAUGGGUCAGCCAAUGUAUGAGGCUUCUGGCGAUCUUUAAUCUUAUGAGGACCGCUGAUUGUUAGUCUGAUGCCUACAUAGGCGAUGAGUACUUUUAUGUUGUUCUCGAGAAUAAAGUUGGUGGUGAUAAUGUUUUGUUGCAAGUCUAGAGGAACAAACAACAACGAUGAUGCAGUUGAGAUUUAUGGACCCUUAGUGUCGGCUGUUCCAUGUGUUUUUCUUAUGUGGGACAUGUUGCUUGGGCACCUAAAUGCUUUAGGGCUCCUUUUAAUAUAUUUCUUUCUUUCCUACUUUAGAUCCUAGAAUUCGGAUAAUUCGGAUAGAAACUCUUAAAGAAAUAUUAAUCCAAAUAAUUCUCAUUUCUUUA